UGAGUAGAUAAAGAAAAAGCAACAUUAUGGAACAGAGAAGGAAGCAGAAAGGAGUAAUGGCAACUUCUGCAAUCCAACGCUCAGCUUUCGCAGGGCAGACGGCUUUGAAGCAACAGAAUGAGUUGGUUCGGAAGGUCGGAAACUCCGGUGGCCGCAUCUCCAUGCGCCGCACAGUUAAAAGUACCCCACAGAGCAUCUGGUACGGCCCAGACAGGCCCAAAUACUUGGGCCCAUUUUCUGAGCAGACUCCAUCAUACCUGACUGGUGAAUUCCCUGGAGAUUACGGGUGGGACACUGCCGGGCUGUCAGCUGACCCGGAGACCUUUGCCAAGAACCGUGAGCUAGAGGUUAUCCAUUGCCGAUGGGCGAUGCUCGGUGCACUCGGUUGUGUCUUCCCUGAGAUCCUCGCAAAGAAUGGCGUCAAAUUUGGCGAGGCAGUAUGGUUCAAAGCCGGGGCUCAGAUCUUCUCCGAAGGUGGACUUGACUACCUAGGCAACCCGAACCUGAUCCAUGCCCAGAGCAUCCUUGCAAUAUGGGCCACCCAGGUUGUUCUCAUGGGCUUUGUUGAGGGGUACCGAGUUGGUGGAGGCCCACUAGGAGAAGGAUUGGACUCGCUCUACCCAGGUGGGGCAUUUGACCCAUUGGGCUUGGCUGAUGAUCCAGAUGCUUUUGCAGAGUUGAAGGUGAAGGAGAUUAAGAAUGGAAGGCUGGCCAUGUUCUCCAUGUUUGGCUUCUUUGUUCAGGCAAUUGUGACAGGGAAAGGCCCAAUUGAGAACCUUUUCGACCACCUCGCAGAUCCGGCGUCCAACAAUGCAUGGGCUUACGCGACUAACUUCGUUCCCGGAAAGUGAAUUUGACUGAAACUCAAGCUCCCUUAUCCCUCUCCCUUAAUUUGUAUGUAGCUAGUACUAUUAUAUUAUGUAGUCUUCUAGGGUUUGUUCAAUCAUGAAUAUGUAAUUUUAUGGGAGAUGAAUGCUUUGACUUGUAUCUAUUUUCAGUGAUUUAAAAUGAAAGACAUUGCUUCUGAAGA